UCAGUAGUAGGACAAAUGUAGCCGGCAAGCUGCAUCAUUCUCCGCCGCAGAGAUUUUGACUACUGUCAGAAGAGAUACAGAAAGUUUUCCAGCUGGAGGGCGACGCGCGUGAGCCGCCGGAGUAGCGAACUGAUCCAAAGUCCUGACCUGAGCGCGCGCGAGACAGAGAGAGAGAGAAAGAGAGAGAGAGAGAGAGAGAGAGAGGCGGUGAGCCCCAGUUGUUGCUGAAGGUGCCUCCAGACUUCAGAGAUUACUCCUGGUUUAGACAAUAUAACGAUGGCUGACCGUUUUGACUGUGACAACUGCAAGGAGUCCUUGUACGGCCGCAAGUACAUCCAGUCAGAUGACAGUCCCUACUGCAUCCCCUGUUACGACAGCCUCUUCUCCAACACGUGUGAGGAGUGCAAAGAACUGAUCGGGCAUGAUGCAAGGGAGCUCUUCUAUGAGGACCGACAUUAUCACGAGCACUGCUUCCGCUGUUUCCGCUGUGAUCGCUCGUUGGCGGACGAGCCUUUCACCAGCCAGGAUGAGGCCUUGCUCUGCAAUGACUGCUACUGCAACGAGUUCUCCUCCAAGUGUGUAGCCUGCGACAAGAUCGUCAUGCCAGGUUCGAGGAAGUUGGAGUAUUCAGGCUCUACCUGGCACGAGGACUGCUUCAUCUGUCACAGCUGCGAGCAGCCGAUUGGCUCAAAGUCCUUCAUCCCUGACAAGGAUGAACACUACUGUUUGCAGUGCUACGAGGACAAGUUCGCCCCCCGCUGCACGCGCUGUAAAAAGACCCUGGCUAAAGGUGGCGUGACCUAUCGGGACGAGCCGUGGCAUAAGGAGUGUUUUGUGUGCACCAGCUGUAAGACGCAGCUGGCAGGUCAACACUUCACCUCCCGAGACGACAGCCCGUACUGCCUCAAGUGCUUCGGCAGCCUGUACUCCAAGAAGUGCGAGGCCUGCAGCAAGCCAAUCACAGGUUUUGGAGGAGGAAAGUACAUCUCUUUUGAGGAUCGCCAGUGGCAUCAGCCGUGCUUCACCUGUUCCCAGUGCUCCGUUACGCUGGUGGGAGCCGGCUUUUUCCCUGAUGGUGACAGGAUCCUGUGUCGCGACUGCAACACUAACCUAUAGAGCCGUAAAUGACCACAAUAUCAACUUUUUAUCCCCGCAAUUUCAAGAACCCCAAAGUCAUUACCGAGGAAGGUAACACAUGCUAACAUAACGCUGCCUCAGGUUGUUUUUAUAUAAAGAGUUCAGUUACUCGUGGUCCCUCUUAUGGUCAGAUUUACAUCCAACGUUGGUGUGCAAAAAUCCUGUUCGAAUGCUGCAUUUUCUGAAUCAACCCUUCCCAAAAAGUUAACUAUAUUCUGAAAGAAAGUUAAUUAUGUGCCUUAAGGAUAACAUUACUUAAAUGUUAUGUGCUAUUAAACCAAAGAACUGCAAAAUGCUAGCCACUUUGCUAAAAAAAAAACUCCUUACUAUUUUGUAUGAAAAGUUUCCUCACCAAUCACUGAUACUGUACAGUAUGUGAACCUAACUGUGUAAUCAGAGUGUGGUACUGUGGCUCUCUGCUCGUAUAACUGCAGUUUAAAGUGUUUUGAUACAAGUAUUUCAGACUGUAAAAGCAAGUUUUCUGAUAUGUUUCAGUUAGGUAGAAAGUCUAGAUGUUUUUAUCAGUAAAGUCAUUUGCACUUUGGAUAAUCAUGUUAUGAGCACAUAAUAUAAUGGGUAUAAAAAACAUGGCACACAGACCGCUUAUAAUGUCAUGUAUCUGCUUUUUUAACUUUGCAAAGACACUUAUUUUUACCCAAUGUUUUCUCUCAUUUCUUUCUUUUUUAUUUGUUGUAAUUAAUCUCCUUUUUUCACCAUUGCUCAAAGAGUCAGCAUUUAUAACCCAAAAGAAGCUGAAAUUAAAUACUGUACUUGUAUAUUGCAGGAGUAUGCAUGUCUUUGUCUGUCAUGAUUUCCCUUCAUUCAUUUGUUUAACGCUGUUUUCUGUGCGUUUUUUUCCAUUGUUUGUAACAUUUGUGAAAAUUAUACAAAAAAAAAAACUAUUUCAUUGUUUCAGCUUUGAUGCUGGUGAGUCAGAGUUGGCAAACAUACAAUUAAAAAUGGAAAUUAAGGCGAUUACAGUAUGAACUUACGAUGAGAAAGAUGUGGCUAAGUACAACAUGUUUAGCUUUCCUUGUGAAGUCUUAAUAAAUUAACACUGACCGAU